AAAUGGGCCAGUAUUGUUGGUUUCAUUGAAUGGUGAGCUUGAUAGAUUGCAACAGAAUAGACUAAGAUACCACCAAAGUUUAUCAAAAUGUUUUUAUUUGUUAGGAUGCAAGGCCAUGUGAUUCCUCCCAACAUUUGUCUCUAUAGCAUUCUCUCUUCACCGCUCAUUUGGCCUGCGACUGCUGACCAUAACGCAUUGUUUGCUCUCUAUAAAUACAAAUUCUAAUGGAUAGCCAGCCACCCAGUGCCAAAGCCUUUCCAAGCUAGUUCUCAAAGUUCCACUUCUACUACUUGUAAAACAAUCUCAAUUCACAAAAACCAUGGGUUUCCGCUUGCCUAGAAUUGUUAACGCUAGGUCGAGUCUAAAACGGACUCUUUCGUCUUCGGAGACCACAGUGGUGCCAAAAGGCCACUUUGCUGUUUAUGUUGGAGAAGCUGAAAAGAAGAGAUUUGUUGUCCCAAUUUCAAUCCUGAAGCAUCCUUCCUUCAAAAAUUUGUUGAGUCAAGCUGAAAAAGAGUUCGGGUUCAAUCAUCCUAUGGGUGCUUUGACAAUCCCUUGUAACGAAGAAGCUUUCAUUGAUCUUACUUGCAAUUUGCAAAGCUCAUGAGAAGAAAUGAUUUGAAAAUGGCUAACCAAGCAGAGAUUGACUGAUUUUUAGCUCAACUGACACCUACCAAUUUUAUUGUAGUGAAGCGAGCGUUUAUG